UAGAAUUGGGAGCUUUAGUGCGCCGAAGUGUAUGCUAUUUGUAUUUGAAUUGAGAAUACCUUAUUAAAGAAGAAGGAUGAUGAACUCAAAACCCUACGAAAUUAUUGUUUGUGUUAUUGUCUUUCUUUGCCAUUUCCAUAUCAACCACCAUGGCUGAUUCUGAUGAAGCUUCUUCAACUCAUUCCUUAGCUUCAUCCAUAUCCUCUUCACGCCCCGAAGGUCACAUUGCGUACACCGAAACUCCUCCGGAUGAGGACCCCAAGCACUUCCAUAUCCGAACCCUGGCUUCUGCUCUCGGAAGUGAAGGGGCUCCCAAGAAUGCGCUUGUUUACAGUUACAAGACGGCUGUUGGUGGAUUCUCUGCAAAGCUCACUCCCGACCAGGUUUCUCGAGUUUCCCAUCGAUCGAGUGAGGGGAGAAAUGCUUCAAGCAGAAGCAUGAGAAAACGGGGAGGACAAACGGCUGAAAUUGUAGAGGUCAUUCGCAAUACAAUGGAAUUCAUGAAUAACCAAUUGAAGACCAUUGCAGAAAGGCCGAAAAAGCAACGUCAAGCGGAGGACGAAUAUCGUGCAGAAGUCGCGAUAAGGUGCAGCUUAUGCGGAUCAUAAUGCACAGUUUCCAAGACAUGGAAGCUUUCUUGAUGAUACCCACCGAGCUUAAGUUGGAGUAUUGUACCGUGUUGCUGGAAAAUAACGCUUGACGGAUUGUCGAUUUUUUUUUUCCUUUUUUCGGGUGGUUCUUGUGUUUUUAUGUGUUUAUCUUUAUUUGUUAAUGUAUUGUAAACUCUUUUGUUAAAAAACUUAUCUAUGUUAAUGAAUUAUUGUUUUAGUAAA